CCAGAGCAUCAGACACUUUCCAGGGAACAAUGAAGACCUUCCUUUUUGUAUCCGCAGCAGCUCUGCUGGCCAUAGUGGCAGUCCUGCCACCCAGCACUGACGCCAAGGUGUUUACCAAGUGUGAGCUGGCAUCCCAACUGAAGGCUAAAAUGCCACAAAUGGGACCUGGAGGCAAUAAGAAGAUGCAGGAAAUGCUUGCCAAAGUGAUUUGCAAGGCGGAAACGACUGGCUUCAACACCAGUGCUGUGAACCCUGCUGGUCUCCCUGGUUUCAACCCUCCUCGACCCCCUCCUUCCAAACCUGCUGGACUCCCUAAGAUCCUCUCUGAUAAGAACCACGGCAAGAUACCAGGCUUUGACAAUCUGUUGGGCAUCUUCCAACUCCCCAGCCAAUUGGUCUGCAAUAAUAAGAUGAGCUUGUGCAAGCUUGACUGCAGCAAACUGAUUGAUGAUGACAUCACCGAUGACAUUGCUUGCAUGAACAAGAUUGUUUUUCAGUUCAAAGGCAAGGGGCCUGGUCCUCAGUUUGAAGAGGAGUGCUCUGGGAUCGACGCGUCUUCCUAUCUGUCUGAGUGCAACCUGUCACCAGCAGUCUGAAGCCAAGAACCAGCUUAGAGCAUCUUUCUUCUUUCUUUCUAAACCGAGCUGUCCCAUAAUGUCCUGGUAACAACACCAGCCAGCUGUUAACAGAUGGAUAACUGUUUGUUGUCUAAAAUGAUACACCGUUAGACAAUUUCUGCAACAGAACUGAGACAGCGACAUGCUUGUAUACUGUAAAUCAUUUGUGAUCAUGGUUUUAAUAUUCUAGUUCACUGUUACUUUAUAGGGCAACUGUGUCUGCUGUAAAUGCAAUGUUGAAAUCUGUACUUCCAAACAUCUAUCAGUUAUUAUGACACUGGGAACAGGUACAAUCGUCUGUGACUUUCACUUCUUUUGCAUUUUUAUUUCAAUAAAGCUUCAUGAAA